CCUCUAUUUGGGGAGGAGGGUGGAGGAAGAGGAGCUCUGUGCAGCUCACAGCUCCCCUUCAGUCUGGCCCUGAGUCACAUGUGCUGCAGCUGACCGGAUACCUGCCUCGACUGUCUGGGCUGUACAAACAGUGACUGCAGGAGGUGUUGUGGAUGCAGGGGGUACGCAGCUCUGUGAUAACACACCUUAGACAUCCAUUCAGUCUGCCAUGUUGAUUACAUGGUGGUAUUUAUACCUCGCAGCUCGGAGCAUCGCAGAGAAAUAUCUGAAAAUGGCAUCAAUUCUGCAGAAGCUCAUCACCCCGCUGUUCAGCGGUCCUCCUGAGCCCCCCAGGAAUAAAGUGACAGUGGUGGGCGUGGGCCAGGUUGGCAUGGCAUGUGCCGUCAGCAUCCUGCUCAGGGAGCUGGUUGAUGAGCUGGCUCUGGUGGAUGUGAUGGAGGACAAGCUGAAAGGAGAAAUGAUGGACCUGCAGCAUGGCAGCCUCUUCCUCAAAACCCCCAAAAUAGUUGCAGACAAAGACUACUCUGUGACAGAAAACUCUCGCAUCGUGGUGGUGACAGCCGGUGUCCGUCAGCAGGAGGGAGAGAGCAGGCUGAACCUCGUUCAGAGAAACGUCAACAUCUUUAAGCACAUCAUCCCUGAGAUCGUCAGAUACAGCCCUGACUGCAUCAUCAUUGUGGUUUCCAACCCAGUCGACGUGCUGACUUAUGUAACCUGGAAACUGAGCGGCCUUCCCAAGCACCGCAUCAUCGGCAGCGGCACAAACUUGGACUCGGCACGCUUUCGCUUCCUGAUGGCCGACAAACUGGGGAUCCAUUCCAGCAGCUUCAACGGCUGGAUCCUGGGAGAACAUGGGGACACCAGUGUGCCUGUGUGGAGUGGAACGAAUGUGGCUGGAGUCAACCUGCAGACGUUAAACCCGGACAUUGGCACUGACCUUGAUGACGAGAACUGGAAGGACACCCACAAAAUGGUGGUGAACAGUGCCUACGAGGUGAUCAAACUGAAGGGUUACACCAACUGGGCCAUCGGUCUGAGUGUAGCUGACCUGACAGAGAGCAUCAUCAGGAACAUGAACAGGAUUCAUCCUGUUUCCACCAUGGUGCAGGGCAUGUAUGGAAUCAGUGACGAGGUGUAUCUGAGUCUGCCCUGCGUGCUGAACAAUGGAGGAGUGGCCAGCGUGAUCAACAUGACCCUGACAGACGAUGAGGUGGCCCAACUGCAGGCCAGUGCUGACACGCUGUGGGACAUCCAGAAGGACCUGGAUGAUGUCUAAAUGAACAGAAGGAGGCGCUGUAGCUGUACCUUCCUUGCUGCUCAUCUCCUGCAGUAUUAUCACUCUGCAGUCACCAAACACUCCACACCUUCGACCCACUGCCCCCUGUAGAUUCACAGGCAUAGUUUAAUCCCUUCAGAUUUAACUGUAGGCGUCAGUUUGUACACUUCUGCUCACUGGAGUCUAAAUGUGACAUCAACUGAGUGAAAAGCUGCUCUGACUCAUUUGUCCUCGACUGUGCUGCUGCGGCGUGGAAACACUCAUGUUGCUUUGUUUGUGUAAUAAAGCAGGUUUGCUGCUGUUGCUUGGA